AUGCAGAAGGGGGUAAUGAAUGAACCACCACCACCUCCACCUAUCGUGAUUUGUCCAACUGAAGUGGAUAGCAUCAACAUAACCUUGGAGAAAAACCAACAGUGUGCAUGUAAAGAUUGUGGAAAACUGUUCAACUCAGUCUGGUAUCUAAAGCAGCAUGCAGUGAAGCAUUCAAAUGAUCGUCCAUUCAAAUGCAAAUUUUGUUUCAAGACGUAUAAAUUCCGGUCUAACCUCUACCAACACAAGUGUCCUGACCGUCAGAAACAAAUGGCUCAAGGAGGCCGACGUCGAGGCAGCCUUGCUGCAUCGCCUACAGCGCGUCGUUUUGAAACAAACCAAUUACUUAAGUCUCGAAUUGAAGCAAAUAUGAACUCUGACGACUUGGUGACUUAUCAGUCAUCGCAUUCUGACAGUGAGGACAACGAUGUUCCUAUCACGUACGGUCUCGUCAUUCACCAACUCGAAGAAAUUCCGCCAAAUGCUGCGCCUAUCCCUGAUCUGCAGCAUCCGUCACACGAGGAGGUUCCCACAAAGGCUGUUGAGAAGCAGAGACCUCCGGAUUGUGUACGAGAUCAUCCACUUCCUCAGGAAGAAAUCGAUGCUUACAUCGCUAAGAACAAGGCAAAGCUGCAUACUUGUCGCAAAUGUCGUCUAACGUUUCCAUCGGAGGCAUCACUAAUGCGUCACUCGGGAGCUCACUCGCGCGAGGAUAUGUUCCCCUACAAAUGUAGCUGCUGCCGGCAGGCAUUCGAGUGCGAUCGUGGACUCCGACGCCAUUCUCAGGUGCACGCGGACGUCGGCCCCCGUCGCUGCGAGGAAUGUUUUGGAAUAUUCAGAUCGCCUCUUGCGUUGCGGCGACAUCUUGAUCAGUGCCGACAAUGCUGUAUUUCUCCGAUCCAGAACGAAAUCAUGGUUUCAGUUCACUCACCUUUUGAUGCGUUUUCUUUCAUCCCAUCGGAAAGUCAAGGGCUGUUCUCGUCAAGUGAUUCAACCAAGGAUAGCGGGAAUUGCUAUGAUGUGCUACCUCUUGGUUCUAACCCACAUAACAGGUCUACUCUCCCUUUGGAUGUGGAUCCUUUCGAUAUGUUCGUUUCAAAAAAGAAAUACAAGGAAGACGAUGAGGAUAGUGGUUUCCGUUCAAGAGUUAGCUCUGGAUAUGGCACUGGGCCGACAUAUGGUCAGCAGUUAUUUCAACAUUUCGAGUCUGUUGGAGGUGGUGCCAGCACCUUCGCUGCAUGUAAGAUGUGA